UGGUUUUUUGUAUAUAGGCUCUCGCACGAAAUCAGUACUUUCUUGCCUUUUUCUGUUCUCUCUUGUCUACUUCUUUCUUAUCCUCUUCCUUUUUCCUUUUUCUUUUUAUUCCAUGACCACUUUAGAGAAACCGUCAAGCAAACGACAGCGAAGCAUGUCUCAAUCGUAUGUUCGCAUGCCACCUUCGUCCCCACCAAUGCCAUUAGUUUCAACGGAUGAUGUAAUUCAGCAACUGAUGGAAGAGACCGUCAAUUAUGAUGGCAUCGAUAACCCUUCUGCUUCGUCGUCGGCGGCAGUGAUAAUGGAAGGCGCUCUUUCUUCAGAGGUGGCGCAAUCACUGCAGUCCGUGAAACAGGUCUGUCUUGUUGCACUGGAUUCUUUGCUCCGCAAAAUGGUCAUUGAUUUACCCGAUCCCUCGGUUUCAACCACUCGGGAAACGAGACGAUUGUCGGACUCUUCCCUUCAACUUCAUCCUCACCAUCGUCUACUCGAUUCCAUCACCUACAAUACCACUCGGUUAACCUCGAUUUACACCGAUAAGAGCUCCGUUGCCAUGAAACGCAGUGAAUCCAUGCCAGCCAAUACCAUGUCCGACAUUCAACGUCUACUGGAUCAGCACCAGCCAUGGAUAGCCGAUGCCAACAACGAUUACAGUCUGUGCUGUGCUCUGGCCACUCUGCUUCGCGAUGUGUAUCGAAUGUUGGAACUCAGUCAAUUUACUCUGGACGAAGCAUCGCCCGCUUGUCCACCCCCGAACCUUGCCACCGAUCAUGUGUAUGUCCAGUUGCAACAAGAAGUCGCUCAAUUUCAACGUGACCGAGCCGCGGGGCUUGUGACCAUCGAAUCCAACGCUUCCGCUGAAAUUGCGAUGCUCUGGAACCAACUUGAACACCUCAUGAACGUCGUCAAUCAGCUUGUCCAAGAACGCCGUCAGUCGGACCUUCCUCCGCCCGCCUACACCACGGUUGCAACCGCUCCAGGCUUGAACGUGGGCACCUGCGAAAAAUCGCCACCCCGUUACAGCACCGUUCACGGCUGCGUUCUCGGGGAAAAAUCGCGCUACGACUUGGAUUAUCUGCUGACAGCCAUUGAUCGAUUAACCACCAUUGCCCCCCAGCUAAGCAACCAACGGGUGACCAUGACCCAGCGUCAAACCGAUGAAUUGGCCGCCGCCAGUUUUGGAAAAUCCUUGGAACGAUUAUCCCAGCGACGUAUGGACAAUCAGCGAGCAUCGUUGCCUCCAUUAUCUAAGCACGAUAUGCUGCGCGAUCUCCUUCGUCAAAUCUGCAAAUCCGCCUCCCGAACCUUUGACAACCAACGAGUGCACAUGGGAGCCGAUUUGCAACGAAAAUUGGACGUUGCUGCAUUGAGCCAUUUACUCGAUCGCAUUGAUCGCGGUCGACUUGUUAAUCAGGACUAUAUUUCCCCUGAAGAACGAUUGUUGCAAGACAUGACGAGUAUGUUGGACUUGCUGGAUAAGUCGCUGAACCGCCCUGGUUUUGCUGAACAACGGUACGAACUUUCGCCGCGGAAGGAACGCCAUCUCUUUAUCAACAGUUUAUGGAAAAAGGUCGAUCGAUUGGAAGCACGUCGUAUGUCCAGUCAGGAUGCCGCCCUUCCAAAGGGGCGAGGUCGUAGCACCACUACCCCGGUCUCCUUGAUGAAUAAUCCAGAAGCCAAAGCCGAGCUCGCUCAUUUGUUGGAUCAUCUCUGCAAAUCCACUUCGCACAUGGAUAAUCAGCGCGCUAGCUUCACUCCUUCUUCCACCACACUACUCUCCUCUCUUGUUUAA